AUGCCUGAUCAUUUUUAUUUGGAUGUCAGGCAUUGUGAAUUUUAUUUUGCUGUAGUUUAUAUUCCUAUAAGUAGUUUUGAUGCUUGUGCAGUUACUUGGAAACAAGUCCCCCCUGAGGAUUGAGCGGGUUCCAGCCCCACACCAGGCCCCCUAGCCCAGGGUUCCAGUGCCAGGAGGAGAAAUCCCCAUAACUUCUGGCUGUAAAAAUCAGCAGGGAUUGAGGCUAAGGGAGAGCAAGGGCUACUGGAGUCCCAAGCAGUUCCUCUUAAAGGGCCUAUUCAUGGACUUAUUCGGACUUACUCUCUCUGAGUUCCAGCACAGCGGCAACAGCUUGAAAGGCACCAGAGACAUACCAGGAGGAACUGAAUUGUCCGGCAUCAGUGCAAGAACUGGGAGUGCACCUUUCUCCCAAAGAGAAGUAUUGGCAGAGAAAAGUCACCACCCAUAUAAUGGAAUUUUAUCUGAUUCUGUAGAUCAGAUUUCUUUAUUCUGGAUAUCAUGGUAACAAUACAGGAAGUGUGCAUAAUUUCUCAUUUCUGCAAGUAGUCUUGACUGCUGAAGGAAGACAUUUUUUAAGCUACAGAAAAAUUUUGGUACCUUUUAUGGAAGUCCUGAUUUUGUUUUGAAUUUUUUGAUAACCUUUUGCUAAAGGUAUGAACAAGCUAAGGACUUAUCUCGUUGGGCAAGUCCACAUUAAUAAGAAUGCCUAGAAGAGGAUUGAUUCUUCAGACCCGGACCCACUGGCUGCUGUUGGGUCUUGCUUUACUCUGCAGUUUGGUACUGUUUUUGUAUCUUCUGGAGUGUGCCCCCCAGACUGAUGGAAAUGCAUCUCUUCCCGGGGUCAUUGGAGAAAAUUAUGGUAAAGAGUACUACCAGGCCCUACUGCAGGAACAAGAAGAACAUUAUCAAACCAGGGCAACCAGUCUGAAACGCCAAAUUGCCCAACUAAAACAAGAGCUACAAGAAAUGAGUGAGAAGAUGAGAUCAUUACAAGAGAGAAAGAAUGUAGGGGCUAAUGGCAUAGGCUAUCAAGGCCACAAGGAACAAGCACCUAGUGAUCUUUUAGAGUUUCUUCAUUCCCAGAUUGACAAAGCUGAAGUUAGCAUAGGAGCCAAACUACCUAGUGAGUAUGGGGUCAUUCCCUUUGAAAGUUUUACCUUAAUGAAAGUAUUUCAAUUGGAAAUGGGUCUCACUCGCCAUCCUGAGGAAAAACCAGUUAGAAAAGACAAGCGAGAUGAAUUGGUAGAAGUUAUUGAAGCUGGUUUGGAGGUCAUUAAUAAUCCUGAUGAAGAAGAUGAACAGGAAGAUGAGGAUGGUCCCCUUGGAGAGAAACUGAUAUUUAAUGAAAAUGACUUCAUAGAAGGUUAUUACCGUACCGAGAGAGAUAAGGGCACACAGUAUGAACUCUUUUUUAAGAAAGCAGACCUUAUGGAAUAUAGACAUGUGACCCUCUUCCGCCCAUUUGGACCUCUCAUGAAAGUGAAGAGUGAGAUGAUCGACAUUACUAGAUCAAUUAUUAAUAUAAUUGUGCCACUAGCUGAAAGAACUGAAGCAUUUGUGCAGUUUAUGCAGAACUUCAGGGAUGUAUGUAUUCAUCAAGACAAGAGGAUUCAUCUCACAGUGGUGUAUUUUGGUAAAGAAGGACUAUCUAAAGUCAAGACCAUCCUAGAAUCUGUCACAAGUGAGUCUAAUUUUCACAAUUACACCUUGGUCUCAUUGAAUGAAGAAUUUAAUCGUGGACGAGGACUAAAUGUGGGUGCUCGAGCUUGGGACAAGGGAGAGGUCUUGAUGUUUUUCUGUGAUGUUGAUAUAUAUUUCUCAGCCGAAUUCCUUAACAGCUGCCGGUUAAAUGCUGAGCCAGGUAAGAAGGUGUUUUACCCUGUGGUAUUCAGUCUUUACAACCCUGCCAUUGUUUAUGCCAGUCAGAAUGUACCCCCUCCUGUGGAGCAGCAGCUGGUUCACAAAAAGGAUUCUGGCUUUUGGCGAGAUUUUGGCUUUGGAAUGACUUGUCAGUACCGAUCAGAUUUCCUGACCAUUGGUGGAUUUGACAUGGAAGUUAAAGGUUGGGGUGGAGAAGAUGUUCAUCUUUAUCGAAAAUACUUACAUGGCGACUUGAUUGUGAUCCGGACUCCAGUUCCUGGUCUUUUCCACCUCUGGCAUGAGAAGCGCUGUGCUGAUGAGUUGACCCCCGAGCAGUACCGCAUGUGCAUCCAGUCCAAAGCCAUGAACGAAGCCUCUCACUCGCACAUGGGAAUGCUGGUCUUCAGGGAAGAGAUAGAGACGCAUCUUCGCAAACAGGCGUACAGGACAAAUAGCGAAGCUGUUGGUUAACAUAACCGUUGACACAUUAGUCUGAACCAUAAACCAGUGCCAAACCACAAACCAGCACUAUUUAUUUAGCCUUAAUUCCAGUUCCAGAUGCAGUGCCUCUUUCAGAGAAGACAUGCUUAUCUUCUGUACUCUUUUUGAUACUACUUUACCUUAGCAGUUUAACUUCAUAUGAGAAGAAAAAGCAACUGUUUCAAUGCAAAGCCUGUUUUGUGAGAAGACUGCACUGUGGAAUCAUUGAUAAAUCGAAAUUUGGUGUUUGGUCCCAAAGUGCUUUUGAGUUACUUUCUACUCUGCGCCCAUGUUCUGAUGUGUCCUGGUUGCAUCUGGGCUAAGGGAUGGAAUGUGUUUUGAUGAUGGCAAAGAAGGAGCAUCCCGUUCCCACAGAGAUGAAGAGUUACGGAUGGAGUGUGUGGACAGGGUUUCUUCACCCGCCAACCACUGAGUCAGCUUGCUUGGUUUCUUUUUGUUUGUUUUAAUUUUUAUUUUAGAGAGAGGAGGGAGAGAGAAAAGCAUCAAUGUGAUAGAGAA